AUGCUACAUCCAGGAGUUAGACUCACUAAAAGAGUAUACAAGCAGUCACAACCAUUGCUUAGAAAGAAUGAACAUGAAAUCUUGCUCAAUUAUUCGAAGCGAUUGAUAAACACUACACGAUUUCUUAUCAAUUUAUCGAGAAAAUCACUUCUCAAAAUAUUCAAAGUGAUUUUCUUACAGAGAUCCACUCUAAGUACAUUUGCAUUUGCUUAUAUUUUUGAAGUUCUACCUAAAUUAUUGUCAAGUGUAAUUCAUCAUUUAUUUCAACUAAAGUUGAAAGGUUUAGGGAAUGAAACUUUAAAGAUUUUGACAGACCCAUUAGAUUCACAAAGAUUACCUAUUUUUAUGACUAAACUAGUAGCCACAUUAAAUGCGUUUACCCCAAUUUACAGUUCAAUACUACUGCCAUAUAUGUCAAACAAUAAAUUGUCUUUUUAUAGUUCAUUUUUGGCAGCAUUUACUUCAGCAUUAUUGAAUUUCCCCAGUUUCCAACACCAUAAAUUGAAACAUGAUAGAUAUUACACAUUAGAUUGGACUCUAAUCCUAGUCACCAGAGCUUUAGACACAUUAAUUAUAUCUAAUUUCAAAUCUAUUUUCCACACCAAUCUGAAAACAGCGAAAACAGUCGGUGCUUAUGGAGAUAUAGUGUUAUUUGUAAGUGCCUGUUUCUUUAUUAUGGAUUCCUGGUUUUUCGAGCCAGAAAAAUUGACUCCACACUAUGCCAAAUGGAUCACCAAAGCAUCACAUCUAGAUGAGAAUGUAUUAUUGGGAAUAAGGUAUCUUAGAGAUGGAGAAUUAGAUUAUCAUCCCACUAAACCAUUACCACAUCAAAACCAUUUCAAAGAUUUUUGCAUUAAAUAUAACAAAGACCCCAAAUUAGGAGAUUUGAAUCAAAUUGAUAAAAUCCCCUGUGAAAUUCUACAUCAGUUUACUACUAAGAGUUGUUGGAAACAUGUUUUAAUAUUAUUUUGGGUUCAAUUCAAAUUUGCGUUCAAAUUAUAUGCUACAUUAAAUACUUUUUUAUUUGUCUUUAUUAAAAAGUUCAGAGGUAGUCCAUUGAAGUAUUUAUAUAAAACAAUUAGAUCCGCUUCAUUUUUAGGUGCGUUUACUGGUAUACAUUGGGCAGCUUUCUGUUUCAUUAGAAAUUAUCAUCCAAAUUGGUUCGGACAAAAAUUCUGGGAUAUUCUAGCCCCUAAAGCAGGGUCUGCAUUAUGUGGGACCAGUAUUUUAUUGGAAUACCCAAGUCGUCGUAAUGAAUUAUCCUUGUUUGUAUUGCCCAAGGCAUUAGGGACUUUUAUUGAUCCAACCCCAACUGAAUCGAAUAUAGCAACCGAGGUGAUAGCUUUUAGUUUAAGUUUCGCAGUAUUAAUAGCUUAUGCUAGACUGCAACCAAGUAAAUUAAGAGGGUUAGUGGGUAAAGGAUUGAGUUAUAUGGUCAAACAUUAA